AUGUGGCACGAUGGGCCCAGACCGUCCCCAGAGCUGGUGUGGAAGCCCCCACGAGUGAGCAGUCUGGGGGAAUGGAUUGAAGCCGAAACUAAGCCGAAGAGUACUUUCGCGAGCACGGUGUGCGGAACUCCGUCCUUUGUGACUGACUCAGGCUGGUUUUCUGCCGCAUUAGCUGACGACGAACCUGAAGUCGCCGAGAAUGAACGGGUGGACACAGGUGACUUCAAUGGUCUGACUCUACAGGAUUUUCUGGGAUUGCAACGACGGUCAUCCAUUCAUGGUCACGCAACUGAGUCUAGUGAUCGUCUGACUUCUGCUGGGUCAGAUGUUUCACGACCCGGGAAUGCCACGCUAAACGGAACACUCUUGCAGGACACCAUGGGCCGAUUCCCCACGAGCACAUCCUCCAUGUUGCGAUCCCCCAGUCAUUCUUCGCUUGACAUAGAGUUCAUCGACUGGGAUCGUGCGACUUCUACUGUUUCACUACCUGGGAAUGCUACACUAGACGGAACACUUUUCCGGGGUGCCAUGGGCCGAUUCCCCACAAGCACAUCUUCCAUGAUACGAUCCCCUUGUCAUUCUUCGCUCGACAUAGACUUCAUCGACUGGGAUCGUGUGACUUCUGCUGGGUCAAGUGUUUCACGACCCGCGAGCUAG